AUGUCCGCCACAGCACAACCCAAGCAGGGCACUAUUAUCAACGGCGUCGACUUCUCUUUACCUGCCAAUACCACUAAUUAUCAGGCGCUUCUCCCAAUACGACCAGAAGCUGGACCGCCACCAUUACCGCCAGAUCAGUCCAUGCCUGCGAAUAGCUCACAACUGCGCGCUCUACCACUGAAGGCUACUGAUGUCAAGGAGGACUUCAGCAAGCUCAAGACGCCCUCGAACCAAAUACCGUACCAGACCUUCUACGCCGCCAUCGAGCCCUACACCCGGCCGAUACGAGAAGAGGAUAUCGGGUAUCUGGAGUACCCCGGCGACGACAUCGAGCCGUACAUCAUCCCGCAUCUGGGGCGACGGUACACGGAGCAGUGGGCGGACCAGGACAAGGGCAUCAUUGUCGACCCAGCGACGGAGGAGGCGAACGCGGCGACGGCGGUGGUGACCGCGCCGGUGCCGACGUGGGAUCCGUCGACGAUGACGGACGCGGACUUGACGAGGGACGACCAUGGGCAUGGGCCGCUGACGGAGCGCGUCAUCAGCGCGUUGAUUUCGGACGACUCGACGGUGUGGAAGGGG